CGCCGGGAAAAAAAAAGCGUAUACACCAUGUACGGUAAACAGUAGACGACCCGAAGAAAUCGCAUCGGACGAGCAAGUGCAGAGGGAGAAGGGAGCGAUGGGGACGAAGAUGCGCCUCCUCUGCCUCGCCGCCGCCGUCGCCGCUGCAGCCAUCCUUCUCACCGCUUCGGCGAAGAAGUCCGCGGAUGUCACGCAGCUUCAGAUCGGCGUGAAGUACAAGCCAGAGUCGUGUACCCUACAAGCUCACAAAGGCGACAAAAUUAAAGUGCAUUAUCGUGGGACACUCACUGACGGAUCUGUAUUUGAUUCUAGCUAUGACAGAGGCGACCCCUUUGAAUUUACUCUUGGGAAUGGUCAGGUGAUAAAAGGUUGGGACCAAGGGUUACUAGGCAUGUGUGUCGGCGAAAAGCGGAAGCUAAGGAUACCUGCAAAGAUGGGUUAUGGGGAGCGAGGCUCCCCACCGAAGAUUCCAGGUGGAGCAACUCUAGUUUUCGACACGGAGCUCAUUGCCGUCAAUGGGAGGACAUCCGAUGGUGCCACCUCCAAUAGCAACAGCGAUCUUUAAUACAUGGAACAAGUUGGACUUCUGUCGCUGCUUCACAAACCGUGCUGCAUUGCGUGUCCGUCAGUUAGAAGUUUACAGGCUUGUUUUUAGAUUGUAUACCAAGGGAUGAUCCCACUGACUAGCUUACUGUUCAUGUACUCCGCCGCACACAGCACUUUUAUCUCUCUUGAUGGUAAUAACACAGAGGCGCCCUUGUUGGAUCAGUCUCCAGCUGUUAACAAACAGCGUCUUCUUCCGUAUAACUCGAACGUGUAAUGAUUGCUGAAGAAUGAAUACUGGUUGAUACUGGUUCGAGGUAG